AUGAACAAAGGUGCAAGUGAUGCGCUAGCGCCAUACAUCUUAUGGGUGAAGCUCAGAUGCGAAACCAAGUUAUCCGACAUGCUCCCAGGUUUCAGUGGCAACAAACAGUGGGACAAGCUCAUUCAGCUGGAAGAAAGGGCACUUACUUUGGCUAACACUAACCUAAUCCAACCGGCGUUUAACAAAGCUCCGGUAAUCCUUGAAAAUGCUCGGUUACAGGCUGUUGAAAAUGCUUUUCAAGACACCCAAGGAAAGACGCUAAACCCGAUCGAAAUGAGGAUGGCCGAACGAUUUCUUGGGGUACGAGAACAGCUUGUGCGAAAUCUUGAUCGUCUUGACAUGCAAUGGUGGAAAAGUUUCCAACGUCAAUUCAACAAUGCCGAGUUAUAUCAAAUGAUGAUCGAGUUUCAUGAGGUUUUAGAACAAACUUUAGAAUUCAAUGUCAUACCAAGAUAUAACGACGGGAGAACAACAAUAUUGAAACUCAAAACAUUAGUGAGCUUUGUUCUUCUCCUCAACAAUAUAGAGUCCAAGAAAAAGAUAACAUAUUUACCAAGAUUAACCCAAAUGGACUUAUAUGAUUGGAUGAAACUCUGUUGCCUUAAUGGAGCGGACAAAUUACUAAUGUCAAGAAGAAGAUCACCAUUGUUGUUCAACUGUUUCGAUCAUUAUCAUUAUUCUGAAACCCAUCAGAUAGAUGCCAAUAUCAACUCUAUGAAGAUCAUCCGUCGUCCAAACAUUCUAUUUUCAUUUCCACUUUUGAUCAUUAAAGCAAUCACUUUCCAAAUCAACUUGAUUUCAACCCUUUUCACAAUACCCAUUUGGAUAUCAUACUAUACAACCAUGUUCAUCAUCUCCCCAACUCAAACUUUGUCGAUUAUGAAACAGAACUUUAAGAACAGAUUGAUUACAACAAUGUAUUAUCUUUGUGAUGUCACCACUGGUACUACUUCUAGUUCUGUUUCGACAUCGACGGGUAGGAUUAAUAAUGGAGGAAGAGGAAUGAUUCGAGAUGUUGGAUUGAGAAUUGGGUGGGCAUUGUUUUCUGCAGUUUAUGUUGGAUUUGUUCUUGUUGCAUUGCUUGUUGUUGGGUUUUUGAUUGGGAGUUUGAUUGUUAGAUGUUUAGUACAAGGACCGAUUGAACUUGGGAAACAUUCUUUGAGGUUUGAUUAUACCCAAGUUAGUCCUUCUGCGGUUGUUCCGAUUGUGUCUCCGGCGGCGGCGGCGGCAGUUCGUUAUAGGUCAUCGGAUGAUGAUGGGAUUUGUUUGAGCAAUAAUGUUCCUGAUAAUCAUAAGCUUAGGCUUAUUGUUUCCUUGGUGUUGCCUGAAUCUGAAUUCAAUAUGAAUCUUGGUGUAUUUCAGGUUAGGGUUGAGUUCAUAUCAAGAAAUGGUAGCAUAACUGGCAGUUCAAGCCAUCCAUGCAUGAUGAAAUACAAAAGUGGGAUGAUCCAUUUGACUCAAACCCUUUUGAAGAUGGUUCCUAUUCUUGUUGGUUUUGAAUCCGAAUCUCAACUCUUGACAAUUCCAUUCAAAGAUUUCACCUCUGAAACUCAGUUGAAACCAAGUCAUUUCUUGAAAGUGGUGUUACUUCAGAGACCACAAUUUCUUCUUCCCGGCGCCGGAAUUCCCCACAUUUAUACGGCCGACAUAGCUGUUGAAACCGAGCUUCCUCCCUUUAAAAGGUGGUUAUGGUCUUGGAGAAGAACAAUUUAUGUUUGGAUCAGUUUGGUUUUAUUCUUCAUGGAACUGGCUUAUGUUAUGUUGUUCUUCAGGGCUUUGCUUAUUCCGGGAAGAUUAAGAACAAAGCUCAGAUUGCUGAGUUUUAGAAGGAAUUCUAUUCAAAUGUACUUCUGUAGAGUUGUUCGGAUCAUAGACAUAUUACUAGAGCAUAGGGUUGUGGAUACGUCGUGUCGCCCUUUUAGGUUCGAGAAUAAGUGGAUGAUCAGGGAAGAAUUUGUGACGUGUGUGCAAGAAUGGUGGGGGUCUCAAGUUCCUUCUAGUUCGGCAUCAUCGAAACUUUUUAUGAAUUUGAAGAACUUACAUAAGCUACUAAAAAGUUGGUAUGUGGGUGAACGUGCAAUGUUUUAUGCAAAAGUCGAGGAUUUAUGUACUAAGAUUAAUGUUCGCGAUGAGGUGGAAGAGGUUCGUGACUUUUUGGUGAAAGAGGUUCGUGACCUUUUGGUAAAAGAGCAAAUUUUAUGGGAGAUUAGUGUCUUCGUUAAACUUGAUAUUGAAAAAGCCUAUUAUCGUGUUAAUUGGGAAUUUUUAUUCGAUGUAAUGGGUAGAAUAGGUAUUAGAGAGAAGUGGAUAGAUUGGAUCAAAUUAUGCGUGUCGACAGCUAAGUUCUCUAUAAUUGUGAAUAGAAGCCCUAAAGGUUUUUUCGAAAGCUCAAGGGGAAUCAGGCAGGGUGAUCCUCUUUCCCCAUUCCUGUUUGUAAAUGUCAUGGAAGCUUUUUUAAGAAUGUUGGCUUUUGCCGAGAAUACUAGCCUAAUUAAAGGAGUGGAUUGUGGGAUGAGGAGGUCUCCAUUUGUCAUUUGCCAUUUGUCAUUUGUCAUUUCUUUUUACGAACGAUACCUUAUACAUGAUUCAAGCCACUCGUUGAAAUUUCAAGCAUCUUCGGGAUAUUCUCUAGUUGUUUGGAGCAUAUUCUGGAUUGCGAGUUAA